CUCAAACUUCGAGCCAGAAAAAUCGUUUGCAAACCAUAGCAGAAGUUCAUUCAGAAUGGUUGGGACGGUGAUAACUUCGGCUACUAUAGGAACCAGGUAAUUAUACUUCCGUGACAUUCAAGACAUUGUAGAAAACCCAAAUCUGGUUUUCAUAAAAUAUUAUUGUUUAUGCAAUGGCAAAGCGAAGAGCUAAGAAAAAUGUGCCAAAAGCAUCUACAACACUUGCCAGCAAUUUAAAUGAUGCACAUGAACAGCCUAAAGCUGAGAUGCCAGAAGAUGCAUUAAGGGAUCAUGAAGUUGAACGUCAAGUCGCUGCUACUAGGGCAAUUCGUGAUUUGGAGACUGAACGCCUUUUAACUGGGUUGAGAUUGCUUCACUCAAAUUUCAGUGAGGAACAGCUGCAAACCCCUGUAUUACAGUUCUUCAAUGAAAAUUUACCAAACCUGUCAUUGGUAAGACGUAACAAGGAUGGACAAUUUGAAGUGGAAUUGAAGGAUGAAAAUGGGAACUUGUUCAUGAGCCACGCAGAUGAAAGAAACAUACACACAUCGAUUUUGCAACGGAUGUCCAUGUCUUAUCAUCCGGAUUUUGCUGGUGCAAUCCCAAAUUUUGGUGGAUUUGAGUUCUCAAGUAAAGCCGUGAAAACAAACCCUUUUGAUUCUGCAAACUUUCAGACUUCAGACUUUGUAUGUCCACGCACCUCUUCUGUUUCCAUUAUUGCUGCAACUCUUAAAACUUAAAGCAACUUCAGUUUCUUAUCCUUUCAAACUUAUGUCUGUUUUCUAGGUUUUGGAGGAGCAAUCAGAUACCCAGAUGCUUGGUUUACAAGAGGCCUUCCGAACCCCUGGGUGGCCUACCCUGUGUCUGUAAUCACAGGUGAGUACCCACAGGUUGUCUGUUGGCAUGACCCCUAAAACUCGAAGACUACCAAAGCAUGGUGAGAUGCUUUUAUCUGUGCAUGGCUCGCCCCUUGGAGUGUACAAGGAAGAUAACAUGGAAGCCAUACAUGAAUCAGAAGAAGGUUGACUGGUUCGGACUUCUUCCAGUUUAACGGUGGCUCUGAGAUACAUUGCAUGUCAUCUCAAGCUGGUCUUGAGGAUUAUCGCUCCAUCAUUGCACCAUAACUUAAUGUUUACAUGUACACAUUCUCAUGGAUCACUGACUCCGAACAAAGAUAUCACAAAUAUACGAUUUCAUGUUGUAAUUUAUUUCAAAUUUUACUGUUUGUUUGAGUAUUAAAGGUGCAUGUGCAUGCUCACUUAAUAGUUUUCUAUAUCUCU